UGAAAAACCGCAUGCUUCCUCAUUGAAGAUCCCCAAAAAAAAAAAGCUUUUUCCUCCCUUUCCACGAAUGAUUGCUCUGUUUGUCUCUUUGCAAUUCCGUUGAUUGAUCAACCAGGCUAACGCCGGUGGUUUUUGGUGCGGCGGCGAUGGCGGGAAACGAGUGGAUCAAUGGGUACCUGGAAGCCAUACUGGACAGCGGCGCCGGCGGUUCCAUCGAGGACAAGCCGACGACGGCGGAUCUCAGAGACAGCGGCCAUUUCAACCCCACCAAGUAUUUCGUCGAGGAGGUCGUCACCGGCGUCGAUGAGACCGACCUCCACCGGACGUGGAUCAAGGUCGUCGCCACUCGCAACACUCGCGAGCGGAGCUCCAGGCUCGAGAACAUGUGCUGGCGCAUUUGGCACCUUACUCGCAAAAAGAAGCAGACGUGCAAUCUGUUCGACGUGAUCCGAUGCGAUGGCGAGCAGCUGGAGUGGGAAGACCUGCAGAGGUCGGCGAAGCGGAGAAUGGAGCGGGAGCAGGGGCGAAAGGACGCCACUGAAGACUUGUCGGAGGACUUAUCGGAAGGAGAGAAAGGAGACGGCGUCGGGGAACUAACACACAGUGGCGAAACGCCAAAGAAACGUUUCCAACGAAACUCCUCCAACUUGGAAGUCUGGUCGGACGACAAGAAGGAAAAGAAGCUCUACAUUGUUCUCAUCAGCCAUUAUACGAAUUUCGAUUCGAAGCGUUUAACCGGGGUCUCGUUUUAUACGACUUGUUUGAUGACCAGUUUACACGGUCUAGUUCGCGGAGAAAACAUGGAGCUUGGUCGAGAUUCCGACACGGGAGGACAGGUCAAAUACGUGGUCGAACUAGCACGAGCACUCGCCAAGAUGCCUGGAGUGUACAGAGUGGAUCUCUUCACCCGCCAGGUUCUGUGCCCCGAUGUCGAUUGGAGCUAUGGCGAACCGACGGAGAUGCUGUCUUCGGGCGCUGAAGAUGGCGACGGAAAUGAGAUGGGGGAGAGCAGUGGCGCCUACAUAGUGAGAAUCCCCUUCGGUCCUCGAGACAAGUAUCUUCGCAAAGAGCUGCUCUGGCCCUACAUUCAGGAAUUCGUGGAUGGAGCUCUGGUGCACAUUCUGAACAUGUCGAAAGUGUUGGGUGAGCAGAUUGGUGAAGGCAAGCCAAUCUGGCCGUAUGUGAUUCAUGGACACUAUGCCGAUGCUGGGGACAGUGCUGCAUUGCUGUCUGGCGCGCUGAAUGUGCCGAUGGUUCUGACUGGACACUCGCUGGGGAGGAACAAGCUGGAGCAACUUCUGAAGCAGGGGCGGCAGUCGAAGGAGGACAUCAAUUCGACGUAUAAGAUCAUGAGGAGGAUCGAAGGGGAGGAGCUCGCGCUCGAUGCUGCUGAAUUGGUGAUCACGAGUACGAAGCAGGAGAUCGAGGAGCAGUGGGGGUUGUAUGAUGGGUUUGAUGUGAAGCUUGAGAAGGUGUUACGUGCUCGAUCGAGGCGCGGUGUUAAUUGCCAUGGGAGAUACAUGCCAAGGAUGGUGGUUAUUCCUCCUGGGAUGGACUUCAGCAAUGUUGUGAUUCAAGAGGAUACACCUGAAGUUGAUGGAGAGCUUACAUCGCUUAUUGGUGGUACUGAAGGGUCUUCCCCGAAAGCGAUUCCAACGAUAUGGUCUGAACCUCACAAGCCGAUGAUUCUGGCCUUGUCGAGGCCCGAUCCUAAGAAGAACAUCACAACUCUUUUGAAAGCCUUUGGAGAAUGUCGGCCAUUGAGAGAGCUUGCGAAUCUUACAUUGAUAAUGGGGAAUAGGGAUGACAUAGAUGAGAUGACUGGAGGCAAUGCAAAUGUUCUUACUACAGUUCUGAAGAUGAUUGACAAAUAUGAUCUUUAUGGUCUAGUGGCUUACCCUAAGCAUCACAAACAAGCAGAUGUUCCAGAAAUUUACAGGCUUGCUGCAAAAACCAAGGGUGUUUUCAUCAAUCCAGCAUUGGUUGAGCCUUUUGGUCUCACCUUGAUUGAGGCAGCAGCUCAUGGGCUUCCAAUGGUUGCAACCAAAAAUGGAGGACCAGUUGACAUCAAUCGGGCUUUGAACAACGGUCUGCUCGUCGAUCCUCACGACCAAUAUGCCAUUGCUGAUGCAUUGCUUAAGCUGGUGUCAGAGAAGAACUUGUGGCAUGACUGCAGAAGGAAUGGUUGGAAGAACAUACACCUGUUCUCGUGGCCUGAACAUUGUCGUACUUACUUGACCAGGGUAGCUGCUUGUCGGAUGAGGCAUCCCCAGUGGCAAACCGAUACUCCUUUCGAGGAAUGCCCCGCAGAGCAGUCAUCUCUCAAUGAUUCCCUGAAGGAUGUGCAGGACAUGUCCCUGAGGCUCUCGAUAGACGGAUUCAGUAGCUCAGUGGAUUACCUAGCCGCGAGUGGUGAGCGUGACAUCCAGGACCAGGUGAAGAAUGUUAUGAGCAGGAUGAAGAAACCAGAAUCUACCUCCUCGAAUGACAAUGAACCUGUCAAGCCCGAGACAGGGUUGAGCAAGUACCCUUUGCUGAGGAAACGACGUAGAUUGAUCGUGAUCGCUCUCGACUGCUACGACAACAAGGGAGAACCUGAGGGGAAGAUGGUCAAGAUCCUGCAGGACAUCAUGAAAGCCAUCAGGAUGGACUCACUCUUUGCAAGAGUAUCCGGGAUUGCAAUAUCAACUGCCAUGUCACUUUCUGAAACACAAGCAUUCCUGAAAUCAGCAAAACUCCAGACAGCUGAGUUUGAUGCACUGAUUUGCAGCAGUGGGAGUGAACUGUAUUAUCCUGGAGCUUAUGCUGAAGGAGAUGGAAAGCUUUACCCCGAUCCUGACUACGCUACUCACAUCGACUAUCGUUGGGGCUGUGAAGGCCUCAAGAACACCAUAUGGAAGCUGAUGAAUUCGCCUGAUCAGAAUGGCGGUCCAUCGAAAGCUGGAUCGUCUAGUCCCAUCGAGAAAGAUGACAAAUUGAACAAUACCCAUUGCAUUACAUACUUGAUCAAGGAUCCUAGUCGGGUGAUGAAAGUGCAGGACUUGAGGCAGAAGCUCAGGAUGCGAGGCCUUCGUUGCCAUCCGAUGUACUGCAGGGCCUCGACGCGAAUGCAGAUCAUUCCUCUUCUCGCUUCGCGAGCACAGGCGCUCAGGUACCUCUUCGUUCGAUGGAGAUUGAACGUCGGGAACAUGUUUGUGAUAUUGGGAGAAACCGGAGACACGGAUUACCAGGAAAUGAUAUCUGGAGCUCACAAGACCAUAGUGAUGAAGAAUGUGGUGAAGAAAGGCUCUGAAGAACUGAUGAGAUCGGAGAUCAGAGAUGAUAUGGUGCCAAAGGACAGUCCAUUGGUUGCCUUCAUCAAUGGGGAAGCAACGCCAGAUGAAAUUGCUAGUGCCCUGAAGCAGGUCUCUAAGACUUCUGCUGGAAUGUGAAAUCUUCUAGAUAUAGAUUUUGGAGAUGGUGUGUAUUAUACAAUAUGGUUGUUAAUAUGAUUUAUUUAUUGGUUUGUGAGAUAUUUAUAAACAGCAUAUUGAGCUUGGGUAUCAGGGCAAGAAGUGCAUUUUAAUCUUCAUAAGUCAUCAAGUAAAUAGGCAUGAAGUCUAACUUGACAAUUGUUACAUAAAAUAGGCAAAGUAAGGAUUGUAUUUUAUCAUUCACAAUCUUAUAGAUAACUACAAAGUUCUUCUUCAUAUAUAUA